AUGCAGUGGACUGGCUCGGCGCUGGUUGUUUUCUGGCUCGCUUUUCUGGUUCAGGCCCGAGAGGAGGACGAACCCCCAGAACAGUUCAAGAUCUGCACCGGUCGACUGGAAGAAGAGGAGACCUGGUCGUGUCCAGACGUAACUGCUGACAAGUGCGCCACCACGUACACUGCCGUUGGUGGUGGUGCCUACAUGCAGUGUGGUCGCGAUGGGAAGCUUUGCCUUCACUCAUCCUUCUGCGACACGACCACUACGACUACAUUGCCGGGAUUUGUCUUGAUCGAUGACGACGGCCUCUGGGUGAAGAUCAACCAGUGGACCCAAGGCCUGUAUGAAAGGCAGAGCAACGCCUACGGUACGGUGAGAACCAGUGGUCCAGGUGAUGGGAAGCUCGAUGACGGUGUGAUCAAUGCUCUCAUGAUGGCGAAUAAGCUGCGUGGACCAUCGGGGAAUACCUACAAUGUCUUCAAGGUCACGGCGAAGGAAGCCAGUCUGGCGUACUACCUCCGUGUGAAAGACCGGAACUACACCGACACGAAAAGGAACUUCGAUUUUCGUCGAUACAGCACUUACCAGGCCAUUGGUGACAGGAUGCCACAAAACUUGGAAACCGGCUACAAGGACUUGAACAUUGCUGGCAUUUUUGAUGCUUACCAUUUCGGAGCGCGGCAGUCCUGCAACAGAUACUUCAUGGGCCACGACUCUCAUGAUGAUUGCUAUAAAGCAGACGGCGGAAGAAAUACCAACAAGCGUUGUUUCAGUGGUGGAUAUUACUGCCACAACAAGCUGCGGCGGCACCAUCCGCCGCUCUUAAAUGUACAAAUGUUUCUGAAGAUUGCAGAGAAAGGCCAGGCCUUGCCGGGGAGAUGCGGCUGCUGGCGCCUCGGUGUGCUAUCGCCGACGAUGAAGUGGCAGCCGUUAGACAGGGACCUGAGCUUCGCGGGUACAUGGAACUGGCUUCCGCAAAAGGACGAGGAGGAGCUGCUGGGGCCAACUACGUUUGACGAGGCAUUUCGAGAGCUGCUGGACCAGCAUCGGCGUGCUGAUGCACAUGGCUGCUGGGAAAGUGCCGAACUUCCUCACAGUGCAGAAACUGCGAGUGCAGCUGGAAGUGUGGCCACCACGGCUGUAGGAAGCACUUCACCGGUCCACUUCUUCAUCGGAGACCAUGAUGCUGAGAGUACCAGCAGUCUGAUGCAGUCCCGUGAACUCUUCGAGACAUACAACAUCGGAAGCGACUGUGCAUCGUUGUGUGAGAGUUCGACGAGUCUGGACUACGAUGCGGAUUGGCUUGCAGGAAGUCAGCCGGACGCGACAGUCUCAGAGCCUGGUGAGCCUGGAGCAGCGCACUCCAUUUCGGAAGACACAUGUCCGGGUUCUCUUGCCAGCAGUAUGCCAAGCUCUCGGUCUGGACAAAGCUGGAGCAACGACCGCGAGGUCUCUUGGGCAGUUGAUGCAAAGUUUUGUCAACUCCCUGCUAUUGCAUGUGUUGAGCAAGAUGAACUCGAGCACUGGUCGCGGUGCAUCCUGCAAGAAAGCGAGACGUGGAUGAAUUGGAUGCACCAGGGGCAAGGAAUGCCGUCACAGAUUCUUUGGGAGUCCUUACUGCAUGAGCUCUGCGAACUCGGGGAGAGCAGUCGAGCAAAAGCGUAUCUCCUCGCUGGCGCGGAGCUGGGUUGCAACCCAUCUUGCUGGACGAGACUGGCGGGCCUGUGCGGAGUUGAUGCCGAGCCGCCAGUACUACUUCGAUCAGCCUCAGAGUCGUCCAUUGCUCCAGUGGAGUCUCCCAUGUCGCUCGAGCCUCCUUCCGCUAGCCUGCUUGAAGCAACGCCAGGAGGGGAAGAGGAGGAAUUCGUCAGUGAGAGCCUCCGAAGGACUGCCGAGAGAGCCCAAGAGAGGCAGGUCCUUGAGUUGGAUGCACUCAUCUUGCCGGUUCCGAGAAGGGCCCAUGGUGCGGACUUUCCGCUUCACUCCCUCCGGGCCACGGGAUGCACGUCUACUGGCUCCAAACAGGCGAGCCGGAUGAGCCCUGCAAUUUGGGCCGACCUGGAUGAGCAAGAACGGCUUCUCCAAGAGCUGGGGCGCGCCGGGUACAUACAAAAGCGCAUUCACCGCAAGCUGCACGUGCAAGCAGCGCAGAUCGGCGAUCGCGAGCUUCUCAGCCUGGGAGACUUGUGCUUCAGCAAGCAGUUCGCAGAAGUCGAGAGACUCGCAGGGAGAGCAUCUACAAAUGAUUGCUUUCAGUGA